GAGCAACUUGAAGCAGCAGAUUCGGCGGAAGAAUUCUGCGCCGAACGGCUCUUGCGGCCUAUUCGACCAAGAGCGCGCGCGUGUGCACAAACCUCCCCAAUAUAGUAAUGAUGCCAUCUCCAUCCAGCCCAAUACUGCGUAAGAGCCGCUCGCUAACGCCUGACGCCGCCGUCAACAUCAGCUCCAAGCUGCGCCGCAACUCGCUCGUAAGCGACCAUGAAGACAUGGUUUUACUACGUGAGAAACUCACCCGCAUCGCCGUGGGACGCCACCACAGCACACCGGACGCCAUAGAGGAAGAAGAGAAGGAGAGACGUCGCAGAAGCAGCAGCGGGGGUGCCCAUGAGCACUUCAAAGUGUUCCCAUUGCUGCCUCCUGAGCGCACCAACACACCGCCGUCGUCCCCGCAGCCUCGCGACGUGCUGCGUAAACAACUUAAGCUCAAGCAAAGGACAAGGAGCCAUAGAACGGCCAGUGGAACUGAGGAGGACGUUGAAGGACUCGUGAUGAGUGUGGACGAAGUGGAAAUCACGGCCAUGGAGGACGUCGAGGAGGACAACCACGCUGUCCAUUCUCCACCUCGUUUACGAGGACAUAAGCGGAGUCCUCAAGCCAGAUUGUCCAUACCUGGUCAUUUACGCGUCCUGUCGCCCUUCAGUGUCCUCAACAAGUAUCCGGAAGGGCUGAGAAAGCGUAAAUCCGUCCAUGUGGACGAUGCAGCCGAUUCAGAGGACCAACCCAGAGUGAGUUUGAAGAAAACGUCCAGUCAGAUUAACAUCUUGGCGUCUUCGGCGGGCAAAUUGUCCCGCAGCAGUAGCGCCGGUGGAGCUCUCUUUCAAAAGUUCGCAGCUAGACAGAGGCUGCAGCAGGACCAAGACAUGGAGGACGCAUCUGGGCUCACAACCCAGCCGCAAUCCCCGCAGAACUCACUGUUUGGGAACAAACAUGGCCAACUAUCGGCCUGUUCCUGAAGGAGCAGAGGAACUCCAUACAAAAUUGACCAGAACAGUGAGUAUUGGAACUGUAGCUGCCUCCCUGGCUGCUGUUUUGGAGGUGAAGCGGGACUAUUCCAACGCUAACGAAGCGGUAGAUCGCGGCCCGCAGUGAGUGUGGCAAGAUGCAGCAUUGCAUCUUUUGGCACGAGAAGUUAAGUGUUGAGUAGUGGCAAGUGCAUACAUGUCUCCUCCAUCAUCAUCUAACAACCUCUCUGCGUUGAAACAUCAGCGUCACAGCAGAGGGGAAGUGAUGUCAAUUGAGGCGUUUUGGAUUCUACACAAAGCGCCAAUGAUCAUUAACAAACACAAGCUGGGACUUAUCCG